UUGCGCUGGGGGACGGCUGCGUGUUCCGCUGUGUUUGGGUUGUUUGGCCGCCGCGGAGCGCGGAGCGAUGCCGAGCCGCCCGGAGGACUACGAGGUGCUUCUCACUAUUGGCGCCGGUUCCUACGGCAGGUGCCAGAAGGUGCGGCGGAGGUCGGACGGCAAGGUCUUGGUCUGGAAAGAACUUGACUAUGGAUCUAUGACAGAAUCUGAAAAACAAAUGCUUGUUUCUGAAGUGAACUUGCUUCGUGAACUAAAACAUCCGAAUAUUGUCCGUUAUUAUGACCGUAUAAUUGACAGGACAAAUACAACACUUUAUAUUGUGAUGGAAUACUGUGAAGGUGGAGACCUGGCAACUCUGAUUGCAAAAUGUACAAAAGAAAGACAUUAUGUGGAAGAAAACUUUGUCCUUCGCGUCCUCACCCAGCUGACCUUGGCUUUGAAGGAGUGCCACAGAAGGAGUGAUGGUGGCCACACUGUGCUUCAUCGGGACCUAAAGCCAGCAAAUAUCUUCCUUGAUGGCAAGAAGAAUGUGAAGCUUGGUGACUUUGGCCUGGCCAGGAUACUUCACCAUGAUACCAGUUUUGCAAAAACAUUUGUUGGCACACCAUAUUAUAUGUCUCCAGAACAAAUAAAUCGCAUGUCCUACAAUGAGAAAUCUGACAUCUGGUCUUUAGGAUGUCUUCUCUACGAGUUGUGUGCGUUGUCGCCUCCAUUCACAGCCUUUAACCAAAAAGAGUUGGCAGAAAAGAUAAGGGAAGGGAAGUUCAGGCGGAUCCCAUACCGUUAUUCAGAUCAGCUGAAUGAACUCAUCACAAAGAUGCUGCACCUAAAGGAUUACUGUCGGCCUUCAGUUGAAGAAAUUCUGCAGAACCCUCUGAUAGCCAACCUGGUAUUGGAGGAGCAAGGGAGAAACGUGGAGAGAAGAGGGCGGCGAUCAGGAGAGCAAGAUAAAGUAGAAAGACUUUCAGGAACUCCAGUGAAUGAGCUGAAACUGAAAGAGCAGCAGCUACAAGAGAGGGAGCGAGCCAUAAAAGAGAGAGAACACAGGCUAGAACAGAGAGAGCGGGAACUGUGUGUUCGAGAGAGACUGGCAGAAGAAAAACUGGCUAGGGCUGAGAACAUGGUGAAGAAUUACAACUUAUUCAAGGACCAGAAGCUAUUGCAGCCAGCGACAUGCCCAGAUGAUGAAGCGCUGCCAGUCUUUCUUACGAGAAAAAAGAAGGUUCAGUUUGGUGACGAAAGCAAAGAAAAUGCUCACUCUGAGGACAGCCUGGAGAAUUCCCUCCCCUCGAAAGAAAAAGGUUGUAAUCUGAAGAAGCGUCUCUAUGCUGCCAAUCUGCGGGCUCAAGCCCUUUGUGAGCUGGAGAAACAUUACCAGCUCAAAAGCCGCCAGCUUCUCGGAAUGCGCUGAAUAUUUGUGCGUAUCGUGUACAGAACUGUGAUGUUUUCAAUAGUGUCAUUUAAGCUGAUGUUUCCUGUGGCAUUUAUGAUGAAAAUCUGAGUAGGAUUGUUUUAGAAAAGGUGCUAAAAUAGUCUUUUAAACUCUAUGUAAAUAAAUGUAAAUAAUUGUGUGGUUGUAUGCGAGUAACUCUUUUCCUUAGAGUUUGCAUUCUUGUGCAUUUGGCUUGCUAGUGUUGCAUUGCUAGGCCAGUUCUAAAUAUAAAUAUUCAUGGUGUGGUUAGCUAGAUUUUUUUUAAUGAUUACGAUGUGAUUUUAACAAAUAGCACAACACUGGAUAUGAGAUUUAAGGAAGUGAUUCUCUUUGAGUCUCUAAUUUAGAUGCAUAUAAUAGUUGGAUGUUUUACAAGCAUAAUGUUGCACCUAGCACAAUAUCUGUUCCUUCUUUCUAAUUAGCUGAAUUAUUUGCCCUCCAAAAUUUUCUGUAAUGUUACAUUGUUUAAUGAAAAAUGUUUAAAAAAGAGCCAAGUAUGUAAUGUGUUCCAGGACAUCCUCACAGAACGGAGUAGAUACCAAAAUUUGACUGGAGGAAAUGAAUCUACAGGUAGCCUUUUGUUUAAAGAUUCAUUUCUCAUGGGAGGUUUUAUACAUUAAAUAUGGUUGUAUAUGAGUUCUUACGUCUGAAGGAAGGUCAUAAAUUUCCCAGGAGAUAUGUGGACUUUAGAGGUCAGGAUGCAUACAUACUCGUUGGAUGAAGCAACAUGUUAUUAAAAGCAGAAGU